CAUUUUGGAAGAAAUUGAAUCAUUUCCUGAUAAGACCGAUAAAAAAUCACAAAAUGUAACCAUCAAGCCCAGUGGAAAAAAUUCUAAUACCUUUGCAUAUAUAAGAUUACAAGUCAGAAAGAAAUUACAAAAUGCACUGA